GCGGGCCAAGAGGUUGGUGAUACCAAAAAUACCUAUGCAAGAAACGUCAGAUGAUGAUCCUGAUGAGCUGAUCGUGGAGUCCCAAACAAAAAGAAAAAAGGCUGAAAGAAAGAAACAAAAGAACGACAGAGCAAAUGCUAAAAAAAACAUGUAUGACGAAAUUCUUAAAAAGAAUCUGGAAAAAGCGCACUCUGGGCGUAAACCUAGAGCACAGCCAAGGAAAGGGACAGACACUCCGUCGGACAGCGGGUCCUCCGAUAGUGAUGAAUUGUGCCCAAAAAGUGAAAUUCUUCAAAUGAAGAAGAAGAAAGACGUGUGGAAGGCGAGAACGAAGGCGCUGGUGGUUAAAGAGCUUGAGAAGGACAGAGACAUGUGGAAAUUGCGUGCUGAGGAGCUGCAGCACGACAACCAGUUUCUAAAGCAGCAGGUUGCAAGCCUGCAGAGAUCCCUUGAAAGCAAGCUUUUCAAGCUUGCAGUAGAACAAGACCGGGUGCCUUGCAGUCGGGGCAUGUUGUCAGCACAUUCUGAGACAGAUGAAGGAGAAAGCUUCGUCGGAAAUCUGUUGAUUAUGGACAACAUGGCCUGCAGUGAACGUGUUCUCCCACCGUGCUCAUCUACUGCUGUAGAACCAGAGGAAAGGACAAGCACUGUUGGUGGAGAAAAGAACACUACACAUCCAGGCCCAAAUGGAGAUUUCAUUUAUAUGGAAGAUGGCUCUUUCCAUUUGACGAAAGGCGUAACAAUAAGUGGUGUGUGUGCAAAAAAAAAUAUUUGGGAACAAGAAGGCUACCUUGGUGGUGAAGGAUGCUGCCCACGCUAUAUGGGGAAGCAACGUUCUUGCAUCUAGGAGCGUCACAGGGACCGUUGGCUCCAGGAAGAGAGCAUUGGGGGAGCAGCCCAAGCAGCCGCUGACACCGGAGAAACUUCUUGUUGUGUCAGAAACACUCAAGCACUGGGGACAGCAGAAAGACGUCAACACUGCUGACACGGAAAAAAAUCUGCCCAGGAUCCUGGCUGAGAAGAUCCAAGAUCUCCUGAAAUCGAAAGUGCGCAAGCAGAUGUUUGGCGAUCAAGCACAAUAAAUUCUUAAACACUAAG